GGGCAUCUGCUUUUCCUCUUCUUUUUGACCAAUCGUAUUAUAUAUAUUUUUCUCAAAAAAAAAAAUAAUAAUAGAAAAACCCAAACCUUAACAGCAAAAAUAAAAUAAAUAAAAUAAAAAGGGAAAAUGUGGUCGUCGCCGGAGACAGUGCCUUCUGCUAAAACAAUCAUUUCAGUGGCUGCCUCACUCACCGCCUCAGCGGUUCUUCUCCGAUCCGUCACUGAGAAUCUUAUCCCAGACGCUGUCCAGGAGCUGUUCAUCACGCGCGUUCACAAACUCUACACCCGAUUAUCACCCCACGUCACCGUCGUAGUCGACGAGUUCGACGGUCUCACAGCGAACCAGUUGUUCGAGUCUGCCACCAUUUACUUGGGCGCCACCCAAUAUGCCUCAACUGACAGAAUCAAAGUCAAGAAGUUGGAGAAGGAGAAGCAGCUGGCAGUGACCAUAGACAUAAAUCAAGAAAUGGAAGAUUCGUUUAAGGGGGUCAAAUUCAGUUGGGUUUUGGUCUCCUCCAGAAACGGCUCGUCGUUUUCUAGUAGUGGCAGGCGAGGAGAUCACAGUAGCGGAUUUGCCCAGAAGGAGAUACGACACUACGAGCUAAGCUUUCGUAAAAAACACAGGGAAUUGGCUCUGGAUUCUUACCUGCCCUACGUUUUGGAGAAAGCUAAAUGGCUUAAAGAAGAAAGAAAGUGUGUGAAGCUUCAUACUGUGGAUUAUAAUGGGAGUGAUUACUGGAGUUGGAUAAACCUGGAUCAUCCUGCUACCUUCGAAACUAUGGCCAUGGACCCCGACAUGAAGAAGACAUUGAUUGAUGACCUCCAUAGAUUUAUAUCGAGAAAAGAGUAUUACAGAAGAGUAGGGAAGGCUUGGAAACGUGGGUAUUUGUUGUAUGGACCGCCUGGUACAGGAAAGUCGAGCUUGGUUGCUGCCAUGGCCAACUAUCUCAAGUUUGACAUCUAUGACUUGGAUUUAAAAGAAGUCCAAUGCGAUUCGGAUUUGAGGAGGUUGUUGAUUGGCACUGGGAACCGAUCCAUAUUAGUGAUUGAGGACAUUGACUGUUCAGUUGAGUUGCAAAAUAGGAAUUCAGAUAAUGAAUUCAAACACGUUGAAGAUGGUGAUAAGAUUACUCUCUCUGGUCUGUUGAACUUCAUUGAUGGCUUGUGGUCUAGUUGCGGAGACGAGAGAAUCGUUGUGUUCACUACCAAUCACAAGGACCGAUUGGAUCCGGCUCUACUGAGACCUGGUCGAAUGGAUCUGCAUCUCCAUCUGUCUUACUGUGAUUUCAAUGGAUUCAAGAUACUAGCAAAUAAGUACUUACAGAUUAAGAAGCACACUUUGUUUGGGGAAAUUGAGAAAUUGCUGGAGAAGGUUCGCGCAACUCCUGCGGAAAUUGGUGGAGAGCUGAUGAAGAAUGACAAUGCUGAAGUUUCACUUCAAGGUCUUAUCAACUUCCUCCAAAGCAAGGAAGAACAGAGUCCCGGAGAGGAGAGUUUAGAAUCAGUGUAAUGAUAUACAGAUUGCUGGUUUGAUUGUUUGUUUAUUUGUGUGUUUUAGAUAUUUUUAUAUGAAUUGUUCACAUCAGAUUGAGCUUUUGUUAAGGUAUAUAGCAAACAAAGAUGAUAUGAUUGCCCAAGACAAAA